AGAAGAGGAGGAGGAAGAGGAGCAGUGGGAGGAAGGCUGAGGAAAGCUGUUUGCUCAUCAGCUGAUCCGUCACAUGACUUCCAGUCUGUUGAGUUUCCUUCUCCUCACCGACCUGAAAGGUUCGGUUCUCCCCCGGGAAGGCAUGAAGCUGCAGACCGAGUGACCAAGACACGCUGCCGGGUUCAACCAGCGAGCUGAGCCUGGUUCUGACGUCUCCUAACUGGAAGAGAUCUUUCAAAAUGGGUCCAGAAGGAAAGAAGCUCCUGAACAUCAUCAUCCUGGGCUUUGGCUUCAUGUUCAUGUUUACUGCUUUUCAGACAUGUGGAAACAUAGAGCAAACGGUGAUCAAGAGCUUCAACAGCACCGAGUUUCAUGGGAGCGGCUAUACCAGCAUGGCCAUCAUUUAUGGAGUCUUCUCUGCAUCCAACCUGGUGGCCCCCUCUGUGGUGACGGUCAUUGGGCCCCAGGUCUCCAUGUUCCUCAGCGGCCUGUUGUACAGCGGCUACAUCGCCAUGUUCAUCCACCCAUUCACCUGGAGCUUCUACACGGCGUCUGUGUUGGUGGGAAUCGCUGCUGCAGUUCUGUGGACGGCGCAGGGAAACGUUCUGACCAUAAACUCCACCGACAGAACCAUCGGCAGGAACAGCGGCAUAUUCUGGUCGCUGCUGCAGUUCAGUUUGUUCUUCGGGAACCUCUACAUCUACCUCGCCUGGCAAGGACACGAGCGCAUCUCUGACAUGGACCGCAGGACCGUCUUCAUCUCGCUCACUGUCAUUAGCUUAGUUGGCUGCUUCCUGUUUUUCCUGAUCCGGAAGCCCGACCCGGAGGCCUCUUCACGUUCUGAGGUGACAGAGUCUCUGCUGCAGACAGACUCUGCAGACGGCUCCACAGACAGCUCCUGCCAGGCGGGUCUAUGCUCCCAGGCUCUGGAUGCUUUUGUUCAAGCCUGUAAAAUAUCUGUGACCAAAGAGAUGCUGCUGCUGAGCGUCUCCAUCGGAUACACAGGUCUGGAGCUGACCUUCUACAGCGGUGUGUAUGGGACCUGUAUCGGAGCCAUGACUCGCUUUGGGUCCGAUGCCAAGAGUCUGAUCGGUCUCUCUGGAAUCUGUAUCGGCAUUGGAGAGAUCCUGGGAGGGGGCGUCUUCGGGAUGCUGAAUAAAAACAAGCGCUUUGGGAGGAACCCCGUGGUGCUGCUGGGACUCAUCACUCACUUUGUUGCCUUCUUCCUGAUUUUCCUGAACAUCGCCAGCGAUGCUCCGCUGGCACCAGAAGGCGGGACGGAUCUGAAGGCUUUCAUCACACCCAGCGUCGGGGUGGCGCUGUUCUGCAGCUUCCUGCUGGGUCUGGGCGACAGCUGCUUCAACACGCAGCUCCUCAGCAUCAUCGGCUUCACCUUUCCAGACAACAGCGCCCCCGCCUUCGCCGUCUUCAAGUUCAUCCAGUCCAUCAUGGCCGCCGUGGCCUUCUUCUACAGUAACUUCCUGCUGCUCCACUGGCAGCUGCUCAUCCUCGUCAUUGUCGGCUUCCUGGGAUCCGUCACGUUUUUCGUAGCCGAGUGGGUCACUGAGUCCAGGAGGAGGGAUUCCGACUAUGACAGCAUCUGAAACGGGGCGACUAGAUCUGCCGGACCAGAACCGAUACCAGCCAGCGGCGGGAAUCGAACAAAAGGGACAAUCGCUGCGGCCGGUUCCAGCCGGUUUGCUCUCAUGCUAACUUAGACACUUUGCUUGAUGGGUGGAGGGAAAAUAUGUUUGAUUAAAAAAUGAUUUCAUGUGAUGGUGGACCUGCUGCAGACAGAAGGUCUGAGUGGGCCCAGUCCAGACCAGUUCAGUCCAGUUCAGGUCAGCCCAGUUCAACCCAGUUUAACCCAGUUCAGCUUAGUUCAGCCCAGUUCAGUCGAGUUCAGCCCAGUUAAGUCCAAUUCAGCCCCGUUCAGUUCAGCCCAGUUCAACCCAGUUUAAACCAAUUCAGUCCAGUUUGAUCCCUCUCCUAAGUUAAGCCCUUGAUAAAAGGAUCUUUCCUCUGCUCACACCAGAACCAGUUUUAUGGCACCAGAACCGGUUUUAUGGCACCAGAACCAUUUUUAUGGUACCAGAACCAGUUUUAUGGUACCAGAACCGGUGAAAUCGGUGGUCCAGCAUGAAGACUGGAUCCAGUUGAUCCAUCUUGACAUGAAAACAUCAAAUGAAAUCAGGAACUGGACCAAAGCAGGACUGAUUCCCUGAGUCUGCAGGAACCAGAUUAAAGGAACCUUCCAUUCCACUUGGUCCAAUUGGCAAAAAGUUCAGAACCUUCUAGACGGACUGGAGGCUACAGGAGUACCCAGGAACCGUGACCCAUUUCCUCAUCAAACCUGAUAACUGGUUCUGGACUGGGCCCAGAUGGAAGCAGCGUGGUACCGGUCCGAGAAACACAGAUCCAUUUCCGGCUGGGAGGAACCAGCCGAUUCUGUGACCCAGUUAGACCAGAACAGGUUAUCCAUCAUCAGUCUGAUGGUUUGCUGUGGUUCUUGGGACUGGUUCUGUCCGGUUUAUUUUGGUCGAUAAGGGAAAUAAGUGAUGAUGACGAUUUUAUACUUAAAAUGUGUUGAUGAAGAAAGGAGCGCUUGUUUUUAUGACCAAUAAAAUUAGGUUCUGAAAGCGG